UAAAACAUAAUAGUUCAUAGCCAGAACCACGACGAAUAUUAUUUAUUCAUAACAGUUAGUAGUAAACCGCGUUAAGCCAAACGUUUUGAAGGAGGUGAAUACAUAUAUCUCAUUGUAAAAGAAUAUUUCGCGCCUAGCUAAAGAAUCGAACAAUAUGUUUUUCGUCAGAAAUGGGUUCCUGAUCGUGCUAUUGUUUUGUGGCAUGACUGAGGUAUACUCCCAAAUGGAUGUCAUCUUGAAGAGACCUGAAUCUGGACUCAACAGGGAAUUACCUGAAGUGGAUACCAAUUCUGAGUCUAUCGAUUCUUCCCCAUAUCAUGAUAUCAAUAAUGAAAUGAGGAGAAUAGGUGAACAAAUAGACUCACAAAUCAAUGAACGUCUCAAUGUAAUGCGACAGGAGAAUUUGCUGAACAGCAUGUUUAACGAGCAAGGAUUGGGGCAAAUUCCUAAAGGUAUUGCCAAUUUGGAUUCAUCUGCAGAUGAGGAGAAUCCCCUUCUGGAUUUCAUGAAGUUCGUUGGUGAUUCCUUACCAGAUACUCUAAGUGGAUCCAGAGGUAGUUCCUACCCAAUGCUCAAUAGCAACCAAGAAGUAUUAGCAGGAGAUGAGGAAGACCAAAAUGAAAAGCCACUACGUGUAUAUACGAUCAUAAGAAUAAACGAUGAUGAUAAUUUUAUACCUUUCGAGAACGAUAUCAUCGCAUUAGGUGGGGAAGUACCAAGAAAUGGUUCAGGGAAUGCAGAUGUAAAAGGAUUAUCUUUUCAAGAAUAUCUGAAGAGUUUCGUGGACGCCAUGAAAAAUAUGGUAGAUCUAGUGCGAAACUCGACUGAUAUUCUUCGUGUUGGUGAAACUAACAAUCGAAAUGGAACAGACCAACCAGUCGAUAUUAAGAUCAAGGAUCAUGGCAGGAUUUAUGAAAUUCCACCUGAUGCUCACGUAGAAAGAAGCAACCCAGGCAUGGUGAAUAUUACUUGGAGAUCCGGAAUAGAUAGUUUGAACAAUUCUUUGUAUAUGAACAUAGACAAGGAUAAAGAUGGAGCUCUCAUCUUUCAUCAUAUACGUUUGAGGAUUUUAGAAGGAAAUGGUCUUCAGGAAUAUAACAGGGAGGAUUCUAUCCGCUUGAAAGGAAAUGAAAACAACAGUUCAGAAAUAAAUUUAGCAGAGGGCGUUGGAUUGAAAAUUCCCCAUCCCGAUUCUUUGGAUGUUGUUUUGAUAGAAAAAAGAGAAAAAUUCUCUGCUCAGUGGAUGGCUGUAUCCAUAGCUUUAUUGGGACUGAUGGUGGCUGGAUUAGUAUUGAUGCUAUCCUAUAUUUUACACGCAAGGAACAGAUACAAUUCUAGGAAGGACAGUAUGUUCAAGGAACCAAUUGCAUAAUUCACCAAAAAGAAUCUUAUAUUAUCUGCUAUUUAUGUUUGAGAUCCUACAACAUUAAUGCUUGAAGCUGUAUAUGAAACUACCAAUCAUAUUCAUAGUAUCAACUGAAUCUCACCAGUGUAUCAAUAGAGUUUAAAAUUCUU